AGAGAGGCCAUGGAGCACAGCCAUAUCUUCACCGUGCUGUCCACCAACUCCAGUUCCUGGAGUCCUCGCGGUUGCCCUCUCGGACAGUUUCCUGUCAUCUACUACAGUUCCUUGCUGUGCCUCGGCCUGCCUGAAGCAAACAUCCUCACCGUGAUCAUCCUUUCUCAGCUGGUGCUGCGGCGACAGAAAUCGUCCUAUAACUACCUACUGGCCCUGGCCGUAGCCGACAUUCUGGUCCUGCUGUUGAUCGUGUUUGUGGACUUCCUGCUGGAGGACUUCAUUCUUGGAGCACCUCUUCCCCACUCCCUUAACAAAGCGGUGCAGGUUCUGGAGUUCUCCUCCAUCCACACCUCCAUCUGGAUCACGGUUCCCCUGACCGUGGACCGCUACAUUGCCGUGUGCCAUCCGCUGCGCUACCACGCCGUCUCCUACCCAGCCCGAACUCGCAAAGUGAUCUUGGCGGUGUAUGCUGGCUGCUUGAUCACCAGCGUUCCGUAUUACUGGUGGCCAGAGCUAUGGCACGGACUGCCGGGAGCGAGCGCUGGUGGCCGGAGUAGCAGCGCAGGCCAGCAUGUGUUGGUUUGGGUCCACUGUGCAACGGUUUACCUGCUCCCCUGCUCUGUUUUCUUCUCGCUCAACGCUAUCAUCGUACGCAAGCUCCGUUGCCGCCGUAGCUGCUUCCGUCUGCGCGGCUACUCCACUGGAAAAACCACGGCCAUCCUGCUGGCCAUCACCUCAGUUUUCGCUGUGCUUUGGGCACCACGCACCCUCAUGAUCCUUUACCACCUUUACACGGCCCAACCUGCGAUGCCUGGACCGGCCAGGCUGCUGCAUUUGGUCACAGAUGUGGCGAACAUGCUGGCACUUCUCAACACUGGCGUCAACUUCUUCCUGUACUGCUUCAUCAGCAAGCGUUUCCGCAGGAUGGCCGGCAUGGUGCUAAAGGCCCUUUUUCAAUGCAGGAAGCAGCCCCCGCCAUUUUACGCGAGUCACAACUUCUCCAUCACCAGCAGCCCUUGGAUCUCACCAGCCAACUCACACUGCAUCAAGAUGCUGGUGUACCAGUAUGACAAGAACGGCAAACCAGUCUGCAUAUCUUCCUGAGCGCCAAAUCGAGUCAUGCCAUACCAAUAUAACGCUGGCUACUAAGUCAGGCAAGCUUGGGAAAAAUCCUUCCCAACUGAUGACGAGCAGAAGGCGGCGGUCAGUUUGUUGGAAAGUGCCUCAACGAGAGAUCCAGUGUCAGGUUCAGAGACAUCUUACGGCCAAAAUGUGGUUCUUUCUCUGGCAAAAACAAGCAGGAGUGGUCAUUAAGCUAUAACAUGCCAAUGCCUUUCAGGAUAUUAAUGCAAAAAAAAAAAAAGACUCAAUCUCAAAGUCAAGUGAAUUCAUGAAAGGCUUGCUCGCAUUCCAGGCAAUGACUGUCCAAUUAGACCAAUAUACAUACUGAUGUGAUUUAAAGAGUUUGUCUUUAGUAGGGCUGGGCAAUAUAGCACAUUUAUAUCUCAAUAUUUUUCAAAUUAACAAUAUUCGUUAAUGUGUCUAUACUUUUGCAUUUGCUCUUGCUCUUGAUAAAUUUAAAAAGGUGGGCUUUUUUGGCCCUCAUGAAAAAUAGUUUACUGCAAAAUCAACAGUAGUUUAAAAAAACAUAUUUAUUUAUCUUAUUUAUAUAAAUCUCGUAUUUACAUCGCGUUUACAGAUUCGUUAUGAAAUUAUAAUGGAAGCCUGUUUCCGCCACAGAAUUACAAAUUUUAUCUCACAACUAUUGACUUUUUUUCUCUCAAAAGAAAAACACAAUUUGUGAGAUAUAAACUCGCAACUCAGACAAAAAACGUUAGUCUUUUUUUUCCUCAGAAUUUGACUUUAUAGGAAAAGAAGUCAGAAUAGUGAGAUACAAAUUCGCAACUUAUGAGAAACAGUUAGAAAAGCAAGAAAAAAGUAAGAAUUGCGAGAUAUAAACUUGUCAGCAAAGACAAUGCGAUAAUAUCUCCAAUAUUCGAUGUAGGCCUAUCGCCCAGCCCUAGUCUCUAGCAUGGUUUCAGUGGAAUGUGCACCAAAGCAACAUUUUACAUGAAGAAAAAAGGAUUCAAAGCCGGAGCCAACGAGAUGUUACUGUAUGUCAACCAACUCUCCCCUCUCACCUUCUCAGCAGAGAGACAGAGCACUCCCUCCUUUUGUGACAUUAAAAAACCAUGCUGGCAUUUUCGUUUAAUAUGCUGUUGGUCUCCAAGGGCUGGUCGCAAACAGCACAAGCUCUUAUUAAAGAAUCAAGCCUUUAGACAUGCUCAGUGCUGGAAACCUGCAUUGUUAUUGCUGCCUGAUGAAGAAUAAUUACAAAAACGCAAAGACUUCUGCUUCAGCAAAAAGCUUCUGGUGCAACUGACUGUUAAGUGUACAAUUAAGGCAAAAAAAAAAAAAAAAACCUUUAGAGAAGAAUUAUUCUUUAUCGGUUAAAUUAAUAUUUUAAGCAACGUCGACACUCAUUGCUCAGUACAUGAACGGGUUUUCUAUCACAGUGACAAACACUAACUUAUUAAGACUUUUCAACUUCUGCCAUACAUGUACACAUGCACACACACACACACACACGCACACACACACACACUCAUUUAUCCUUUGCUGGGCAGCCUCAAGAAAGAAGAAAGUGAAAAAGAGAACGCUUUUCAAAUAAAAUCAAUUGCUGUCUCCAGAGUGAGCUAUUGGAGGAAACCACAUUCAUUUAUCUUCACUGCGGCAUGGAGUAACAGGCUGCCAUCUGGAGUGCUUUAACUGUGGUGCAUAUAUAUUUAAACUAUACAGCGGGGAACGUGUUCGUAGAUAAGCUAGACAACUUAAAAAUGUAUGAUCUCUGUCGUAGACAAGGCUGUAUUCACCUGUCUCAUUACAGCAGGACGAGCUAUGAAUGCUAAAUGCUGUGUGUUGGUGGUGAAAUGUAAAAGAGAAAAAUAGUUUCUUUCAGAACUGAAAUGGUCAUUUUCCAUUACAGCGUCCAUUUUAAAAAUUGUGGCUUUUUUGUGGCUUUUAGUCCAUGUCUGUAAGCCCUGAGGAGCAGUUUGAGGUAUGCACUGUAUGCUUGAAGUUGAUAAUGUUAAUUUAUAUAUUUAAAAUGUUCGGUCUUUCAAUUCCAGGGUAAUGGACAAAAAUAUGAACUUAUCUUGCUUGCAAGGUCACACUUUUGUCCAAUAAUGCUCUUACAUACGAAUAAGUGAAUCCAGUCUUUUGAAUGAAUAAUUUAAGCAAACAAUUCUGUUCAUUCUGGCUCACUUCAUGGACUUAAAUACGUAAGUGAAUCGUGUGACUAUUUUUCUGUCUUUAAAGAGUCUAUAACAUGCCUGGGUAGAUAGAUUACUUACAAACUGGAGUCUAUUACUGAUUACAAAUUACAUGAUGAAAACUAGUCAGUAAUGUAAUUUAGAUUACUCAUUAUAGUUAAUGUAGUCUGACUACUUUUGGAUUACUUUUAGAUUACCUUUGAUUUAACUUGUUUAUUUAAUUGGGAUUAUUGUUAUAAAAAAAAUGAGAAAUAAAACUGACCAUUAUAUGACCAUUAAUCAACAUUAGAAAACAGUUUGAGUGACAAAAAAGUUUGGGAAUGCCUGCAUUACAUGAACAAACAAUAACAAACAUGAAAGCAGCAAUGGCAUGCUCAAAGUCAUGUCAUCAAAUAUGACUGAGAGGUGCCAGUCAAAAGGAAAAGGAAAAAAGAAGAACUAGGGAGAAUCAAUAAAUUUAUUCCAUAAAAAGUAACUGUAAUCUGAUUGUAAGCAUUCUCUAAUCUAAUUAUAAGUACAGCAUUUUUGGAAUCUGAUUACGUAAACCAGAUUACAUGUAAUCAGUUACUACCCAGCACUAUACCCUGAUAGUUAAUAAUUGUAUUAAUUGAACCUACUGAAUCAAUACACUGAACAAGUCAGUGUUUUGAACCCAAAGCGAGACUCAAAGUGGCACCAAACAAGAUUUGUUUAUCGAACGAACUGAACAAACGAAUCCGAGUGAAAUUCAGCUUGUUCACUCAGAUGAAUCAAUAUUUUCACCAUACUAGCAAUAGCAAAGUGCAAAUUGUGGUUUUGCCAGCUUGUGAUGUAAAUUAAAUGCAAAACAAAUUAAACCGACAAUCCGGCCUGAUAGGAAACAUGUCAAGGCAUUUGCAUUUGAUUUCAUGUUUUUAUUUUUUUUAUUUUUUUAUGUAAUUAUAUGAAGUUAUGUGUAACAGUAAUCAAAAUGCUCUUAAUAUGCAAUUAUUUUGUGGAGCAGCCUGUAAUUAUGCAUAUUGAUUGUUCUUGCUAUUGUGAUGAAUUAUAUUAAUAUGGACCCUGUAAUGUGAAGUCUUACCAAAUCUGAGUUAUUUUACUCAGUCAGUAGAACGUUCAGGAAAUAGGAGCCAUGUUACUGGUGACUUUAAGGUUAACCUGUAUAACCUGCGAGUUCUCUGUCAUGUCAGUGAAAUAUAGGCAAAAACCGUGUAAUAUUGUAUGGUAGAUAUGUACAGAAUACAAAUUAAGCAAAACUAUAGACUAGAAUGUCAAGGUGCUGCUAAAGUGUCUGUACUGUAUAUCAUCCAAACUGAUAUUUAUUCUUUCUUAUUUAUUUGUUUCUACCAUAUUUGCCUCUGUACGUUUUCACUUAGAUUGUCUACACAGAUUAUUCACACUACUAGCCUAUUAAAGGGAACAUUUAUGAAUCAAUUGCAAAAAAAAAAUGACAUAAAUAGAAUCCAGAGUGCACUAAAUGUAUCAUGACUCAUGUCUAAAUGUCAUUGCAUUGGAUGGUUUGAUAUUUUGUAUAAUGCAAAAAGGUUUGUACAUUUUUAAGUGUGACGUCUGUGUUCAUGUACUUUUUGAGGCCACUACAUGAAGGGCCAAUCAAAAUCCAAUAAUAAAUGUUUUCAUGUCCAGGAUUACUUUUCUCUAAACAAUCAUAAAGCUCAUAUAUUUGGACAUUACUGCCAAUGUAUUGAUACGACAGAUCAUUUAAAGCCACGAUCAGCCUUCAUGCAAAAAAUAACAAAUAAGGGGGUAAGAAAUAUGUUUCCUGAUCCUUUAAUCUUUUUUGAUGUCUGCUUAUGCGGCCUAAGAGACACUAAAAUGUUUAUUUUUGAGCACAUAUUUGAACAAUACUGUGCACAUUUUAUUUGAUUAAGUCAUUGAGGCUGUUAACCUUUGAUAUGUGUACAAGAAUGAAUGUAUGUGAUCAAAUAUGAAGCAUAUUUGCAUUGUUUCCAGUAUAUAGCCCUUUUUUUACAGUUUCUUUAAGAUGUUUGGCUGAUCAGCAGUGAAUCUUUCUAUAUAUAGGCCAAGUGAAUGUAUUUGUGUAUUUCCAGUGAAUGUAGGCUACUGUAUGUUAUGGAAAAUAGCAUGCAAGUUAUUCUGAUGUAUAUUUUCUUGAACACAUUAAUCA